AUGACGUCCUUGCACCACCAGGAGCCCUCGACUUACUACCAGGAGCAACCGGCCACCUACUAUAAUGGCCAGGUACCCCAGCAGAUCAUCCACAACCAGCUAGAACUGCACACCAGACUGCCCUACUACCAUUCCGAUGCCUCGGGCGCUACUUAUGAAGCAAACGACUCCCCCAACAAUGGUUACUACCAACAAGAAUCGUUACCUGAGACUGCCACGCCCGCACAACCACAUCUUCCUCCUCAGCCGCCUAUGGAGCAGCCCGCAGAGCAGCCAUUCUAUGUUAAUGCCAAACAGUAUCACCGGAUCUUGAAGCGUAGAAUCGCUCGAGCCAAGUUGGAGGAGACAUUGAAGAUUGCCCGGACCAGGAAGCCUUAUUUGCACGAGUCUCGCCACAAGCACGCCAUGAGAAGACCACGUGGCCAGGGUGGUCGUUUCUUAACUGCUGCAGAGAUCGCCGAGAAGGAAAGACUCGAUAAAUUGAAGGAAAUGGAGAACGACGAGCCAAAGGACGGUUCCGAGUCUAUUAAUAAACAGGCAUCGCCUACAGCCAGCCAGUCGGCAACGGACUCGAGCCACCAGUCGCCUGCCACGGAAACCCGUUCAGCAGUGCCAAAGGAGCCUUCAGAAAUGUUCCUGAACCUCAUUAAUGAACCUAACUGA